CGUCUAUUGGUUAUGAAGUAGAGUUGAGAAGAACAACAAUUGAAUGGUCUUAAGAUUCCCGCUUACCUAGACGAUACUUUAAACUGAAUUUGAAAUGCCUUCACUACUCGUCGUGGACAGUCCAAGAAGUUAUCGUAGAAUUCAAGUGGAAAAGAAGAAAUUGAUGGCUAAGGGGGCCACUAUUUCAUGGCUCUCGGACCAGUUAAGCAAGGGGGCAUUUAUGCUUCUCCUUGACUGCCGGCCGUACUCAGAGUUCGCCCGUUGUCAUGUACAAGGAGCGAUCAAUUUGACGAUUCCGUCGCUAAUGUUACGGCGGCUAAAGAAAGGCACCAACUUCGCCAUUAGUUCGUUAAUCACGUCUGAAGAAAGCAAAGUACAGUUUAAUAGGAAUCUUCACCUCGCCUCGGGUAUAGUUCUGUACGAUUCGGAAACAAGCGAUGUGUCAAACGUCUGUUCGAGCAGUGCCUUAGGAGUCCUGUUGAAGAAGUUCUCUGAGGAUGUUAACAUUCCCGUCUGGUUGCUCGAAGGUGGCUUUGCUAAGUUCGAGAAGAAGUAUCCAAGUUUUUGUGAAACGGGCGAAGAAGUCGAGAGGCCUCUGCUCUCGCUUUCCGGACUUACGAUUCAAGACAACAUUGAACAAGAUCUUGCUUUGAAACUUGAACCAAGCACACCUGAGAUUACAGAUCAUCAAGAAAGUCGCACAAAAGUACCUGUACAGAUUCUUCCACACCUAUACCUCGGCAGCGAAAAGGACUCAUCAGACUUGGACAUUUUGAAGAAAUACGGAAUUUCGUAUAUUUUGAAUGUUACUCACGAUAAACCAAACUCCUUCGAACAUCUACCUGGUUUUAAAUACAAGAAACUGCCAGUGGAGGACAAUUGGAGAGCGAAUUUGUCUGACAUGUUCCCCGAGGCGUUUGAAUUUAUAGAGGAGGGCAUUACACAAAACCGUGGAGUUCUGAUUCACUGCCUUGCCGGAGUUUCGCGAUCCGUCACAGUUACAAUCGCCUACCUCAUUUCAGCGUUGAACAUGACUUUGAAUGAAGCUUACGACUUUGUGAAACAAAGAAAACCAAGUGUUAAUCCGAACCUGAACUUUAUGGGACAAUUACUAGAGUUUGAAAGGCAAUUGCGAACGCCACAAACCCCAAGCUCUACCACAAGCACCUUAUCGAGUGAUUCUAGUUUGGACAGCGAAGAAGACGUGGUUGACUUAAACAUCGUCGCUCCACGUUGUCAGACAGUUUAAACCUCUCGUACAGUAUCACAGACCUUAAAGUUAUUUCUCUAGCGACAAAGAACUUCUAGCGAUGUGUCGAAAAACUUGUGUUUGCAACAAAUAUAACGGCAGAGUUAAAGAUUAUUUAGUUUCAGAGAGAAGUACGCGUACUUUAAAUACAGAGCAAACUAUAAUGUAAUUAAUAUUAUGAAUGGCGCAUUAGACCAGAUGUGCUGUUUUGAAUAUUUUGAGGUAAUUUUGCAUUACAUGCAAUUAAACUGUAAACACUCUUUGAGUGUACUUCUACUCCAACGAGCUUUCAUAUAGAUUUCUAGCCAAUUUCUUGCUAACACCCAGACAUUUCUAAUUUGUCCUAAAACAUUUCAAUCUAUUCUCAUAUUCGCAGCCAAAGAUUUCUCGUGCAAUUUUGUGAUAUGCUUAAUUCUCUUUCUUCAUAACAAUUACGUGUAUCAACAAAAGACUUCAUUCCUCUAAUUGUAAAUCAUUGUAUAGCCAAUGUUUAUGAUCAAACUACGAUCGACCUCGACAAAUAGGAGUUAUCUGCAAUUCGAAUUCUUAAUUUAUGUUCGCGAAGAUUUGUAAAUACAGUACGCGAAAAUGUUGAAACGAUAUUUCGCGCAGCGCCUGCAAAUUCCACAAAGUCAGAUGUAUAUAGUAGUACUUUAUUAUUAGAUAUACAGAUUGUAAAUAUAUUACGAAAUAUCUACUUUAAUAAAUCUAGCAAGUUCCGAAAUUGGAAGAGAAA